AUGGACCAAUCGCCCCCUUUGCGAAUGCGACCUCACGCAUUCCCCCCAUUCAUCACCAUCUCUCUCUUCCUACUCGUCAUCCUGACCCCGUCAUACACUGUCGCAAGUAGCGAACCGGGUUCGCUAGAGAUCGCAGAUCCUUUCGAGACUUUAGACAGUGCCGUUGACGCUGAGUCCUUCGGACCGCACAUUGAUUUCUCUUCUUCCGGAUCCGCCGGCGCUGGCGGCGGUGACGGCGGAGUCGGCGUUUUACCUGGCGGCCCGCCAACCGUGCCUCGCGUGGCGCAGCUGCGUGGGGCGAGUGGCGACGCUGCGACGCAGGCGAGCAGCGCCGUCGCCGCAGGAGACAAUCAGCACGUUGCACGGCUGUAUCUCCUGUCGAAGAAGAACUCUCGCGCGAGGUGCUUGGACGGCAGUCCUGCUGGAUACUACCUGCGACGCGGGUUCGGCAGCGGCGCCAACAACUGGAUCAUGAUCCUCGAGGCUGGCGGGUGGUGUUUCAACGCUAAGUCGUGCGCGAAUCGAGCCAAGGGACCCCUGGGAAGCUCAAAGAAAUGGCCGCCGACCAGCGACGUGAAAUAUGGCGGCGUGGGCAGCACGGACAGCGCCGUGAAUCCCGCGUUCUACAACUGGAACCUGGUGCUCGUCAAGUACUGCGACGGCAGCUCCUUCACCGGCGGAUUCGGCAAGCUGCCGCCAAACUCGGAGACGGGGCGCGCGCUCUACUUUCGCGGGCACUGGAACCUGCAGGGCACGCUGCAAGAUCUGCUGGCUCGGCACGGGCUGAACGUGGGCAAGCAGAUGCUGGUGGGCGGCUGCAGUGCGGGCGGCGUCGCGACGUCAAUCAAAUGCGAUCAGAUCUCGAGGUGGCUGGCCAACUACAACGUAACCACCAAAUGCUUCAUGGACGGAGGCUAUUUUCCAGGUAGGCCUCACCUACCGUCUUCACCCAGGGCCUCUGUCGCCGCUGUUGUUGUUGCUGCUAUUGCUAUUGCUACUGCUGCUGUUGUUGCUGCUGCUGCUGCUGCUGCUGCUGCUGCUGCUGCUGCUGCUGCUGCUGCUGCUGCUGCUGCUGCUGCUGCUGCUGCUGCUGCUGCUGCUGCUGCUGUUGCUCUCUUAAUCAGUAUCAAAUUUUCCCCGGCCUGUCCCCUCUCAUCGAAUGUGGCAGACGAGGACGGGCAGUACAGCAUGUGGCAGAAGUUGUAA